AUGGCUCUGUUUAGGGAUAUGGCGGGCAUUCCGCCCUUGACUGCCUCGACAACCGAUAGUGUCCUUAUUAUCAUCGAUGCACAAAAUGAAUAUGCACAUGGUGUUUUGAAAGUCAGCAAUGUCGACUCGAGCCGGGCAGUCAUUAAAUCUCUCCUCGAAAAAUACCGUGCCACUGCCAAAAUCACGGGCAAGCAGAACGUCGUUCAUAUUGUACAUAGGACGCCCGAGGGCGCUCCUGUUUUUACCUCUGGGACUCCGCUGGAGGACGAGUUUGAUGAACUGAAGCCUCUGAAGGGUGAAAAGGUUAUCACAAAACGAUUCCCCAGUUCCUUUGCGGAGACGGAUCUUCACGAAUACCUGCAGAGUCUUGGCGCAAAGAAGAUUGUCCUCGUAGGGUAUAUGGCGAGUAAUCCCACUUUCAAAGAAGCCCACGUUUGUGUUUCUACUACGGCUAGGCGGGCUGGAGAGCUUGCAUAUGAUAUCGUAAUUGCCCAGGAUGGGGUAGGAGAUCGUCCCCUUCCUGGAUACUCAGGUGAAGAAAUUGCCAAGGUCGCACUGUUAGAAUUAGCGGACUUUUUUGGAACGCUGGUAUUAAGCCAGGACAUCAACUAA